UUCAGAAAAAACUAAAAAAAUACUAAUAAAAAUAAGUCUGAAACCGGUGGUCAACAGCAACUGACCGACGUUGAUAGUCAAAAUUGAAAUAAAGAUCAAAAUUAACUAAUUGAUAAAAUUGAGCGAAAUUGAAGUUUAAAUCAUGAAAUUGGAGUUUAAAAUUUUUGGAACACUUACCCUAAAAUUCAAUAAAAGUAAAUUAUUAGAUCAAGAAAUGUCCAAAUCCUACACCAACUUGUGAAAUUCUCACGGAAUCCCAAAACCAUAUUUUUUUUUAAUCUGAAUAUUUGGCAGCAUAUGCAUGCAAAAUCGAUGUGGAAGCUCGAAACCGCAAAUCUUUACACCUCCAGCAAAAUGCAUACACGGUUACUCCAAUGAAUCAACACGUAAACGCCAUGCAUCCCCACAAAUCCCACCAUAAAUACCCCCUCCACCCCUUCACCAUUCUCACACCAAAACAAUUUCAUCUUUACUAAAUCAUAUAUAUCCCAUUUCAAGAAUCUCUCUCAAGAAACUAACAAUGGCGAUUAAGGUGGUUCUCACAGCAGCUCUCCUGGUGGCUCUGGUGACCCUAGCCAGCGCCACCAGCUACACCACCACCGUCACCACCACAACCAUCGACGACGAGGCCAACCGAGGCGAGCAGCAACAGUGCCGCCAGCAGAUCCAGGGCCGCCGGUUCCAGUCAUGCCAAAGGUACCUCUCCCAAAGGGGCCAAUACGAGGAAGAGGAGGCUAUUGAAAUGACAACCGGCAACCCACAACAACAAUCACAGUACCUGAGAGACUGCUGCCAGCAACUACAGAACGUGAACCAGCAAUGCAGGUGCGAAGCAAUCAAGCAAGCGGUGAAGGAGAUCCAACAACAGGGCGGCCAAUACCAAACCGGACAGUCUGAACAGGUUUACCAGAAGGCACGCUCUCUUCCCCGACAGUGCAACUUCCGCAGCCCCCAGCAAUGCCAGUUCCAUGUUCUCUUUCUCUAGAUCAUUAUCAAAGAGUACCGAUGUCCGUCCGAGGAGCUAUGUAAAUAUGUUUUUCGAAUAAAUGGGUUGAGUACUUUUGUGUUUUUUGUGACAAGUGAUGAAUGUACACAUGGUCUUGUGUGUGUAUUUCCUCUGUAAUAAAAGAAGUGACGGAACCUGUUUUCUUUGCAUUUAUU